CCAUGGAGACGGAUGAUGCAGGAAACCGGGUUCGGUUCCAGCUGGAGCUGGAAUUUGUGCAGUGCCUGGCAAACCCCAAUUACCUAAACUUUCUUGCCCAGAGAGGAUACUUCAAAGACAAAGCAUUUGUAAACUAUAUAAAGUACCUGCUGUACUGGAAGGAACCGGAGUACGCCAAAUACCUAAAGUACCCUCAGUGUUUGCACAUGCUGGAGCUGCUCCAGUACGAGCACUUCCGGAAAGAACUGGUGAACGCCCAGUGUGCCAAGUUCAUCGACGAGCAGCAGAUUCUCCACUGGCAGCACUAUUCCCGCAAGCGGAUGCGUCUUCAGCAGGCGCUGGCGGAUCAGCAGCAGCAACAGAAUAGUGCCUCCAUCAAAUGAGCCUUUUGGCUGGUUACGAAAGCAGGCUGGAUGCGUUUCCACGGACAAGUGGUUUCCCUUCCACUUUCCGCUACAUCAGGGAAAGGCAGACGACAGGAGCUCAUCGGCUUAAUAGAGUCUGGAACACU